GGUGGAAUGUGUGGUGUGUGGGCUAUCACGGAGACGACGGAGCCAUCUAUGAGGAAAGAUCGUCCAAUGCGACAUCCACGGGGAAAACAUUCGACUUCGACUGCACCGUCGGCUGCGGCAUCGACUAUCAGAAGGGGGAAUACUUUUUCACAUUGAAUGGGGGCAUUGUCUGUAGGUGUUUCUCGGGGUUUAGGGCUAGGGUUUAGGACUGGGUAUGGGUUAACUGUUCAUGAUGCAGUCUCCAGAGCGUCCAACGUCAUCUUCCGCAAGCUGUACCCUUGUCUUGGUCAUCGUGCGGCAUCCGUCAAGCUCAUCGUGAACUUUGGAGCAAGUGACUUUGCCUGGCAGGGAGCCAAGAAGCUGGUUCAGCCGAUAGACUCCCUGAGUAUGCGUCCGCCAGUCCCGCGUCGACGCCUUUCCACAGCCCAUUCUCUCCUGGAAAACAACAGGAGCCGCCAGAGCACCAGGAGAGAGAGCUCGAUGUGGGAGCAGUCGAGUCCUGAAAGAGCAGACUCUCCAGCCAUGGGGGACAGAGAUCGCACCCGGCGAAGGGGGGCGGUCAUGUUCCAGGAACCGCCGCCGAUCAACCCGCGCGAUGAUUCAGAGUUGGAGUAUGAAGACAUCAGUCAUCAGAUCACUCUUCGGCGGGCCCAAUCGCGUACUAGAGAAAUGUCAAGAACAUGAUGUACUUGCCGUCUAAUCCAUAUCUUCACUGCUUCCAACAUGGAAUUAAUACAUGAUCAUAAUACCCUAAUUUGA